AUGUUGAAUUUGUGUUCAAUAACUUUAGCUUGGUAUUUGUGUCCAUUCAAUGAUGGUUCGUUUAAUAAAACGAUAGAAAACAACGUAACUAUUCAAGCUGAAUGUAUGUAUUUGACUAGUCCACUCAAAUGGAAUGAAUUUAAUCCAAAUACUUUCGAUGGCUUCUACUACAAUUUAACAAAGUCCAUUCCAUUGACUGAUCUACAUAUGAAACGUUUAUUUUUUUCUAAUUUUCCACCACGAAAUGCUUCUACUGUCAAACAUAUCAUUAAUUCUUGGCUUGUAAACGGUGGUGGCGGCUCUCAAUACGGCAUGGAAACAUUUGGUGUAUCAAUAGGAGCAGGUUUGAGUAAACCGUCGAUUCAUUGUUAUACGGCAACAACAUGGAUUGAUUGUGCCAGAGAAUUAAUUCAAACAACUGUAACCACUUCUGUAAAUGAAGCGUUGGCAAUAAUCAACGCUAUGACAAAUCAAAAUAUCGCACAAGAUUUACAAUAUCAAGUUCAAUAUGCAAUCAAUCAAUCACAACCAAUAUCUCCCAUAUCGACUUAUAUCUAUGGAUUAAGUCAAGGUAUAAAAUGAUAGUCGAUGAAAUGUUGUGUCUUGAGAGACAAACUGUAUGACAGAACUUCCCAAUAAACAUAAUAGAAGGCUUGAGAAGCAGUUGCAUUGUAAUAUUUCGACAAUAUCAUAUUAUUCGUGGUUGAAAUUUGGAGAAUAGAUAAUCAGUGGACAACACUGAUGUUAGGAAUGAAUCGAUACAUAUAACAUUUUCAUUUAUUUUAAGUAUCACAGUGGCUCAAAAUAUAGACCUUUCCUUACAGCUAAUAAACUGAAGUUACUGGAAUUUAUAGCAUAGACUUAAAAUGAGCAUUUAGUACCUUUAUGAAUUGCAUGUCUUAUUCGUCGAAUGAAAUUUACAUAGUUGCUUUAUUUUCUGUUUAUUUCCAUGAAAGUUCAUCUCCUAAAUAGUGCUCGAUACAUCUUAGGCUAUCGGAUCUUUUCAGAGAAAUAAUCUGAUUAACUAAAACAUCAUCAAAUUUUAUAGAUUUGUUCAAAUGUUUGAGUAAUCAUUGAAUAUGUUUUUCAAAAAUAGUCCAUUGCAUCAUUCUACUAAGUCAUCAAAAUUUCAACAAUCAAAUUUUAUUUCUCUUCGAUUUCCUGGAACACUGUAAAACCAUUCUAUUGUGAUCAAACAUACAUUAACUAUAAAAACGGAAUGGUUUCCAAUAAAUUUUCCUAAUAUAGAUGAACUCUUUUUCAUACGUUCAGAAAAAAAAAUUUUGAUUCAUUGCUAGUGUGCGUUCGAUGUUUUGUGUUAUUUUGUACUGUAGACUUGUAUCAUUGUUGAUGAUUCAUAUUUCUUUUCAAAUAAGGUACAGCUAUUAUUCAAUACUAUCUAUCAAUUCAAUCGAUUCAUUCUCGAUUACAACCAAUUAACGGAGUAAUUCUCGACGGGAUAAUGUCUAUAAAAAAGUCGGAUGCCUUUCAAAAUCAAAUGAAAUCAAUCAACAAUCGAUUCUAUUUGUAUUUAUCCA